GAAAAGGAGGUGUCAGCGUUCUCAACUUGGGAAAAGGAGCUGCACAAGAUUGUAUUCGACAGUCGGUACCUGCUGUUGACGUCUAAGGAGCGCAAACAGGUAUUUGAAAAAUAUGUGAAAGAGCGUGCAGAGGAGGAACGACGAGAGAAGCGAAACAAGAUGCGUGAACGCAAGGACCAGUUCCAGCAGCUGCUCGAGGCAGCUGGCCUGAACAGCAAAUCAACAUUCAGUGAUUUUGCACAAAAAUAUGGUAAGGAUGAGAGGUUCAAGAAUAUAGAGAAGAUGCGGGAGCGAGAAAGCAUGUUCAACGACUUUGUCCAGGAGCUUCGAAAGCUGGAACGAGAAGAAAGAUUGAACCAGAGAGAAAAGAUGAAAAAAGAUUUUCUGGAGCUGCUCAAAGAGCAGAAAACAUUGGACAAACACUCCCGUUGGGGUGAUGUCAAGAAGAGUAUGGCAGAGGAUGCUCGAUACCGGGCAGUGGAAAGCAGCUCCCAGCGAGAAGAGUGGUUCAAGGAAUAUGUGUCUAAACUGACCACACCUCAUGGCCAUGAGGGUGAAGAUGAGAGCACACGGGAACGAGAAAAGCAGGAACGGAUUGAAGCGAGCCUGCGUGAGAGGGAGAAGGAGGUGCAAAGGACGCUGUCCACGCAUCUGCGUGAGCGUGACAAGGAACGCGAGCAACAUAAGCACGAUGAGGCUGUUCAGCAUUUCAACGCCUUGCUCACAGACUUGGUCAGAAACCCAGAUGCCUCAUGGCGGGAGGCGAAGCGCACACUGCGGAAAGACCACCGCUGGGAUCUAGUGGAAUCGCUGGAGCGGGAAGAACGUGAAAAGCUGUUUGCUGAGCACCUGGAACAGUUGCAGCGCAAAAAGAAAGACAAGUACCGAGAUCUUCUUGAUGAAACACCAGGCAUCACACUCAGCUCCACUUGGAAAGAGGUUAAAAAAAUGAUACGUGAUGACCCGCGGUAUGCCAAGUUUUCAUCGAGUGAACGUAAGUGCGAAAAGGAGUUCAAAGAGUACCUCAAGGAUAAAAUGGCUGCAGCCAAGUCGGAUUUUCGUGAGUUGCUGAAGGAAACCAAGACAAUAACAUACAAGUCCAAAAAGCAAAUUGAGGAGUCUGAGCAGCAUUUGUUAGAUAUUCAAAAAGUCCUUGAGAAGGACAAACGGUACCUUGUGCUCAGCUGCAUUCCUGAUGAGCGGCGCAAGCUAUUGAUGGCGUAUGUUGAAGAUCUUGACCGUAGGGGACCACCACCUCCACCCACAGCGUCUGAGCCCACUCGGCGCUCCAACAAGUAGCUGCUUCUGCCGCCAUUUUCUUUUAAAGCUGUCCAUGCCAUCCCUCAUUUCUUCCAUGCUUGCAUCUGAAGGUGCCUUUUAAUAAAGGACAUCUGUGGACUCCAA